AUGAAGUUUCAUCAGUUGAGAUUAAAGGAUGUUUCAUAUUCUAAUACUUAGUUAAAGCAAGAAGAUCGUCAAAUAAAAACAGAAAUUGGAAAUUUAAGCACAUCUAGAGUAAAACAGGAUUCAAAUAUUAAUAUAGGCUAAAGGAGCAGUGAUAAAACAAUUUGUUACAGAAGAUAAUGAUACAGGUAGAUCAUGUAAUAAUGAAAAGGAAUUAUUUAAGAAAAUGCAGAAUUUAGAAUUUUAGAAUGGGUUAUUUUAAAUGCAAAUGUAAAUUCAAUAUAUUUAAAUUUAAUAGGUAGCAUAUUCAUAAAAGAAAGAAUUUAGAAGAUUUUACUAUCAGAUAAUAAUUAUCAUAGAUUUAACAAGAUAUUUAGAGUAUUUAAAAUAGAGUGUAAUCUGUUAAAGUAAAUAAUGAUAAAAUGUUCGUUAAGAAUAAAAGCAGCAGAAAGAAGAUAAACAUAAGUUCAUCAUCAAGCAGUAGUGAAGAUGCAAGAGCAUUGUCGAUUGGGUUUAAUUAUAAAAAUAAGUAUAAAUUUUAUAGAAAAAAGCUAGGAUUAAAUGCUUUCAAAUUAUAAAGAAUUAUUUGAGGUUUGCAAUGGACAUGAAAAAUUAAGUGGAUUGUUUUCUAAUUAUUGUGGAAGCAUAAAGACAAUAGAAAUUGAUAUAGUUAAAUAGAAUUUCUAAUUACUAAUAUAGUAAUUAAUAAAGAUGA